UAUUAGUGGAAAAGUCUGCACAAGUCAGAACUACACAGUUGUACUGUACCAGCCUGCCUUUAGCUAUUAGAGAUGUAACUACCAAAGUAUUUAUUUAUUUUCAUUAUUACUUGCAUAAUGAUACUGUAACUGCCAAAGUAUUUUUUUACUUACAUAAUGAUACUGUAUUUAAAUAUCAGUGUCAAAUUAAUAUUCUUGAAAUUUACAGUAGUAGUAGUAGUAGCAGUAGUAGUAUAAUUUUAAAUAGUAGAGUAGUAGUAUGAUUUCAAACUAUUAGUAGUCGUAGUAAUAGUAUAAUUUUAAAUAGUAGUAGUAGUAGUAUAAUUUUAAGAAGUAGUGGUAACAUUAUUUGCAAUAAUAAGGGGAGCAACAACAUUACAGUAUUAUAUUUUUUCAAGUGUAUGCAUACUGAAGGAAAAGUGCUCAUUAACACACUUAACCUACUUUUAAGAUCGAAAAGCUUUUUUACAGCUUGCCCCAAUGUAACAAACACGAGAAAAGUUCAAUUUCUCGUUUUUCAGGUGAAUAUUGUACCUCUUGGGAAAGUUAAACGAAGGCCUCUCGCGUCUGGUGUGCUUCUCUACCGCACAUGAAAAAAAUAUUUGAGUUGUACAUAAAUAUGGUGCAGGAGAGCUGAUGACAUCCUUUUUAAGUUUAUUAUAAUCAUGACCCUAUUGACCAAUCCAUCAAGAACAGAAAGUGAUAGAUCGUGUAUCUGUUUGCUGUUUCUAAGCGAUAACUGCGCAGCGAGUCAGUGAUGAGGCGAUGCAUUUUUUAUAAACCACGGCGUGUGAUGGCGUGGCUCGGCUCUACCAGCCAUUAUUGUGGCGCUUUCUGACGCAGCCGAAGACAGUGAUACUCUAGGGACUAAGUGGGGAGCGUCGCUGUCUGAUAUAACACUGACCACAUUAUUCCAGCCAUAUUCCUGGGCAGGGUUUCUUGCCGACAGCUCAGCAAGAGUAGCUCAGUACGCUCGGCCACAAGCCAUGGAAGUCACACCUUACGGCAGCUUGCCCUUGAAACUCAAGUAUUUGGUCAGGGCCUGUCAGUUUUUAGGAAUCUGGUGCUUCAAGAUUUCGCCCUCUCCUGCCAGUCCGAAUAGAGUAGUUGCUAAUGUGCCGCUCUUGCUUUGGGUAAUUUUUAUGAAGACAUUCCAAGUAAAUGUGAUUCUGUAUUCGAGCCUAACAAUGAUUAAAUUUUGUAGCGAAAUUGAUGUGGGUAUUAUGAUUGGAUGGUCGUUAUUUAUAGUAUCAUCUAUUCUCCUAGUCGUGGGACAGAUCUCUUUCGUUACCCACUGUCCGACUCUCUGUCACAUUUUAUCUGAAUGUGAGGCAGACGCUUGGCCAAAGGUCAAAGAGUUUUCAGUAGAGAAGAUAAUGAAUCUCGCCUUUUAUUGUUCUUACGUGUUUAUAAUAAUUUUAACGUGGAUCUACAAACAAGACAGUGAUGCGAGUCAAAUUCUGGAUACCUUCUUUUUCUCUCUUAAUAUGAUUAGCAUAAUGGUGAUAACCUUGAUCUUCCGGGAGAUGUUGAACCUUGCAGCAAGCAAUGUCAGCAUUAACAAUCUGCACCUCAACGAGCAACCCUUCCACCUCCAUACUGGCGCUGCGGAAUGCGGCCCUCUCCUCCAUCUCCUGGAAAGGAAAAUUCUCAAAAUGGAACACCUGCGAGGCAAGACUGUCGACUGCUUCUUGACGAGCAUUUCCCUGUCGAUAUGUAACAGUCUCUUUAUGAUUACUGCUAACAUGUAUUACAUCAUUUAUUACCUGAAGUGGAAGGCCUACACACCUUUUCCACCAUGUUUUUUUUACUUAAUGGCUGGCUUCGCCACUCUCAUCCACACGUGUUACAGCGCCCACAACUUCUCCCAGCAUGUGCGGCGCGUGUGUGAUGAACUACGGAAGAUGAGGACGAAGGUUCGCGGCCUGGAGGACAGGACUCAGCUGGAUUAUCUCAUCUCAACCCUGGACAGGAUGGAGACCUUCAACAUGGGCUCGUGGUUCUGCCUCAGCCCGAACACCCUUGUCUCGGUGAGUGCCGCCUUGCUGGGCUUCCCGGGGACAGAAUUUUAUAUCCGGUCUGGAAGAGUAGGCGCCAGUCACUCUUGAACACGCUAGACUGGUUUCGGCCACCCAUCCUAACUCGCUGUACUGAAAGCGCUAACGGAUAAUGUUCUUUGUUUAUAGGCGUUUAUAGCUUUCAUUUCUUGU